AGAACGUUUUAUCCAGUCAAAUCAAUGGCAGACAAUGCACAGCACGGCGGAGACCUUCCCGUGCCGAAUACGCUGGGUUCUCCCCAUCCGUCGGCGCCAGGAGCAUCGUACAUGUCAUAUCUCCCGAACAACACCUUCGGAACGUUGAGGCCUGCUACAUUAUUACGAAACCUUUUAGAGCCGGAGGACGAAAACGAGGUGGAAGAGAUCGAACACUUCAAAUAUAAGCAGGUUCUUGAUAGGAAGUUGACGGUGAAGUCAAUUAUUGGCUUGAGUUUUUCGAUCAUGGGAGUUCCGUUUGGAAUGUCUUCUACCCUAUGGAUUACCUUGGUUGAUGGAGGGAAUGUUACCAUGUUAUACGGAUGGAUCAUUGUAUCUUUCUUCAGUUUGUGUGUCAUCUUAAGUCUCGCUGAGAUCAUCUCCAAGUACCCCACGUCCGGAGGAGUCUAUCAUUUCAGUGCUUUAUUGAGUAAUGAAAGAUAUUCGUUGAUUAGUUCCUGGUACACCGGUUGGUUAUUAUUGAUUGGAUCCUGGACUUAUAUUGUAUCCAUCCAGUUUGCAGGCGCCCAGUUUAUUUUGUCCAUUUUCGGACUCAAGAACUCCUACUACAAAGAGGAUAUCAUGUUGGUGUUGCUUGUUUAUUAUGCGAUGUUGUUAUUCAGCGGGUUCAUCAACUGGAAAUUCCCCAAGUAUUUGGAGAAAAUUAACCGGGCUUGUAUCAUCUGGUCGUUGGGAACGACAUUGGCGAUCGACUUUUUACUCAUUUUUUUCGCCAAACGGACCCACUCUAUCAAGGAGAUUCUAACUACCUUUGACAACUCCAGAUCAGGUUGGCCUGAUCCUCUUGCCUUUAUUGUGGGUUUGGCGGGCUCUGCUUAUACCAUCAACGGGUUUGGUUUGAUUUUCUCCAUGACCGACGAGGUCAAAAACCCUGAAAGAAACAUGCCCAAGGGAGUCAUUAGCUCACUUUUCAUCACGUUCUUCAACGGGCUAAUCUUCAUUUUACCGGUACUAAUUAUUCUUCCUGAAAUGAAGUUGCUUCUAGACGAGACACCCGAGAUCAUGCCAAUUGACUUGAUCUUCAAGUUCUCCAUUGAGUCGUACGUGGUGUCAUUCUUGUUGGUGAUGCUUUUGAUUGUGACGGUGUUGUUCCAGGCAAUUGGCUCGGUUACCACCGCUUCAAGAACUACCUACGCCUUUGCUCGUGAUGGAGGGUUGCCGUACAAGGAAAGGUGGUUGUCUGUGGACUCUGUAGAAGAAGAUGUGGUGCCCAAGAAUGCUAUACUUUUGUCGAUGGGGAUCUCUGCGGUAUUGCCGGCUAUCGCUGUGAUUUCGGAGUCAGCCUUUAACUCGUUUAUGGGGUCUUGUGUUAUGACGUUGACGCUUUCCAAUGGGGUUCCUAUUCUUUGUCUCAUGUUGAACAAAAGAAGAAAGGUGAAAGGAGGAGCAUUUAGACUCCGCAAAGUUGGGUAUAUCAUCAAUGGCCUCUCGUGUUUCUGGGUGGUGUUGGUUUGCUUGGUCAUGUCGAUGCCUCCUGUAAUAAAGGGUUUGACGUGGUCCAGAAUGAACUAUGCCAGCGUGGUGACUGUGGGGUUUUUGGCGUUUGCUACGCUAGGAUACAAAUUAUGGGGGCAGAAGAGCUUCGAGGGACCCAAGGUUGAUACCGACUACUUUGAGUUGCACAACCUCAAUGCUCCUGGAAGAAGUAAUCUAAACUCGGCAAACGAUUCGUUUGUGGUCAUUGAUGACGAGGAAGAUAACACUUUUGAAGCAGAUGGCCGCAAAAUCUCGUACGAGCCUCCAAAGCCCGUGUCUCCAAGUUAUAGAGGAAGCAUUUCUUCUGGGUCCAACAAGUUUGAAGUGGGGGACAAUGAUGAUACUGAGGUACUUUUUGAUGCAUCGAGGGAAUUAUAGACAAUCUACAUAUGAAAAGGCAUUGAUUUUACAUACAGUAAGAUAUUGAUUUAUAGAUACAAGACAAUGCAUUGCUUUAUAGAUA